CUAUGACGACUGAUCAUAUAUAUACAUUUGACAGCCAUCACUUUCUGAGUAGGAAAAUAAACAAAAAGAGAGAAUUAAUACACUUAAAUAUACAUAAAAAUAAGCAUGCAAUGACAGGUAUGAUAAGAGGGGAAUGUGCAUGAAGAAGACAUACAGGAAGUUAAGGAACACCCACCUAUUCCCCCUUGUUUUAACUCACGCACCUCAUGUAAUUGACCCACGGUAAUAAACGUGAGAUGCAAUAUCUACACAAGAAAGAGGGAGAGAGAGAGAGAGAGAGAGCAAGUGAAUGACCAAGAACCCUCACGGGUCUGCAGCAUAUAGCAUUUAAUAUCCAACCCAGAAAGGGAUUUUUGGAGUCUCCUUCUUAGUAUCUUGCCGUAUAAAUAGACAAGAAUUUUUGUAGACCUAAAAGCGACAUCUAAUUGUAGAAACAUGUCUCACAUAACUGUAGAAAGAAACCGGAGAAGACAGAUGAAUGAGCAUCUCAAAGUCUUACGUUCCUUGACCCCUUGUUUCUAUAUCAAAAGGGGGGAUCAAGCAUCUAUCAUAGCGGGUGUUGUAGAGUUUAUAAAAGAAUUGCAUCAAGUUUUGCAAGCUCUGGAAUCCAAGAAACGAAGGAAGAGUUUAAGCCCUAGUCCUAGCCCUAGCCCUAGGCCACUGCAGUUAAUAACUCUUCAGCCUGAUCAAAGCCCAUCUUUGGGGCAAGAGAAUGUUAAUGAACUAACUGCAUGCUGCAACUCUUCAGUUGCGGAUGUGGAAGCAAAGAUAUCGGGAUCAAACGUGAUCUUGAAAAUAUUAUCAAGGCCAAUACCAGGUCAAAUUGUGAGGAUAAUCAGUACCUUGGAAAAACUUUGCUUUGAGGUCCUUCAUCUGAACAUAAGUAGCAUGGAAGACACUGUUCUCUACUCCUUUGUCGUUAAGAUAGGGCUGGAAUGUCAGUUAAGUGUGGAGGAACUUGCAGUCCAAGUUCAACAAAGCUUCUUAUUUCCUCAGACAGUUUAUACAAAUUAUAUGUAGUAGCUUUGCUCUCAAUUUGCCCUUGGACUUCUAUGGUUGAUAUUUAUAUUUAUUUCUUUCGUUGAGCAGAAAGAAACAAGAUUGAAAUGGUAGAUUUUAUCACAAGCUGAAGCAAUGAACAACUUCAA